AUGACACCAAUACUUGUCAAUUGUUCGCGACUGUACCUCAUAAGUGAUCCGGACGACGUCGAUUUACUACGGCCAGUCGAUUAUUACAAGGAUUACAACAAAAUGGAUGAUAUCGGGGACCGCUUGCGCAGCCAUGCUCAGGCUUUCGAUGGCCUUUUGUCCCUAAUCCCCGCUAAGUACUACUACGGCGACGACACUACCGAUCAAUGGAAAAAGAAAAAACAAACUAAGGAGCAGGCUCGCGAGGCUAAGAGAGCUAAACUUGAUCCCGAGGCUGCGAAGACCGCUAAGGACGUCAUGGAUGAGAAGGCGCGUAAACGCAAGCGUGAGGAUGGCAUCAUCGAGACUGACGAGUCUGAGGAGGAACUCGGCUCUGAAAUGCCCCGAGAGGGUUUGACCCGGGGCGAAAAGGCCAAGAAGCAGAAGCAGGUCGAAAAGUCUGCAAUCGAUGCCACCGCCAAGUCAGAGGAAGCCGAGGCUCGCAAAAAGCUCAAGGAGGAGAAGGCCAACCAGAAGAAGGCCGCUCAGAAAGAGAAGAAGAAGGCAAAGGAGGCUGCCCGAAAGGAAAAAAUUCAGUCAACCGAGAAAUCCGCCGACGCAGACGAGACCAAGACUGAGACCAAGACUGAGAAGACCGAGCAGAAGCCCGCUUCCACUCCCGCUGCCGCUGAAGUUGAGGAUUCCGACAACGAAGACGGUGACGAUAUCGAGGAUGGUGUUGUGGAAGAAGGUUUCUCAAUUGAUUUCAAGGACGAGCCUGAACAAACCUCCACCGACUCAUCUACUCCUGACGACGCCUCGAACGACCAGUCAGGUAGUUCAUCUAUUUCUUCUAUUGUUCCUCCCACCUCCUCCGCCAAGUCAUCCGAGCCCAAGCCUCUCCGAACCACAUCGGAAAAUCUCAAGCAACGUCUACAAAAACGACUUGAUGAACUUCGGGCAGCCCGCUGCGCAGACGGUCUCAACGGACAGCCCGCACGCAACCGCCACGAGCUGAUUGAAGCCCGCCGACAAAAGGCCGAGCAACGCAAAUCACACAAAAAGGAGCUACGUCAAAAAGCCCGCGAAGAGGCCCAACAAAAGGCUGACGAGGCCAUGGUCCGUCGAUUCUCACCCGGUGGCUCUGGAUCCCUCCUUGCCUCACCUCGCUCGCCCGCCGAGUCGGUUGGCUCUUCCAGCAACAAUUUCUCUUUCGGGCGUGUUGUCUUUGCAGAUGGUCAACAUGCCGAUGCAUCACUGACCGGCGUUCUUGACAAACACAAGAGCAAUGGUCCUACCGACCCUGCCGCCCAACUCAAGGCUGCAGAGGCCAAGAAGGUCCGUCUCGCCGAGAUGGACCCCACCAAGCGUGCCGAGAUUGAGGAGAAGGACCGUUGGCUGAACGCCAAGAAGCGUGCUCACGGUGAGCGCGUUCGUGACGAUACCUCUCUACUCAAGAAGGCUCUUAAGCGCAAGGAGACUGCCAAGAAGAAGUCUGCUCGGGAGUGGAGUGAGCGUAUCGACACCGUGUCGCACAACAAAGAGCAACGCCAACACAAGCGUGAGGAGAACCUUCGCAAGCGCCGUGAUGAGAAGGGCAACAAGGGCAAGAGCAAGAAGCCCAGUGGCAAUAGCGGCAAGAAGAAGGGUAGACCCGGUUUUGAAGGCAGCUUCAAGUCGAAGCCUGGCGGCGGCGGCAAGAAGAAGUAA